UUGGAAAUUGAAUGGAGUCCAGGCAUUCCCUAUGGCUGAGAUGCUGUAGAUACACAGCUUCUGCUAGCUGCCCCUGUAGACAUAAGUCAUAGCCUGAGCACUCACUCAUGCAGACUCCAGGAGACUUCUGAAACAGCUGUGUGGCGUAAGUAAUGGGAGAGCAGGAUCUCAGCUCCAAGAUGGGAAGAUCAUCAUAAUGUAGCAUAACACACGUAGCUUUUGUAAAUGGUUCUCAAACAGCUGUUAGUAGAACAACACAAGAAGUACCUGGAUCCACACCAAAUCGAUUGUGGAAAUGUCUGCAUUGUUUCUUUGGGAGCUAGGUCUGGCUGUUCUGCUGGCAGAAGGGGUUGCAGGUAACCUCUUACAUGCUACUUCGUGCCAGGCUUUUUCUUCACAAUUUAGCAGUCUUUAGUUUCUCCAACUUGCUUUUUCCUGCAGUCAAAAAUAUCUCCUUUUCUCUCCCCUCCCUUGUGCCAUAGACGAGAGUCCAUGCCUUUUUGUCACUAUUCCAGUUACUCUGAGCUCUAUGAUAUAAUAGCAUUACCACUAUCUUUGCUCUUGUGGAAAAUCUCAUCUCUCCAAAAAAAGUGGAGAAAUAUUGUAGUUUGAGUCCACCCACCAGCUGUUUGAAUGAGAUUACAUUACAGCAGUCAUCAAUUAAUAAUGUCCCUUGUUCUUAGUCCAAAAAAUGCAUAAUGCAGUUCUUCAUCAGAAAGCUGACUGACCUCCUUAAAAUCUGAAAACUGUUGUAUUAGAGAAUUUAUAAAAUAAUUCAGAAGAGUUUGUAGAGACUACCCAAAUCAUCCCAGUGCUAUUUAAGGCUCUUUAAAUUGUAAGAUCACUAAAUAAGAAGAAUCAGGGGUGGUCAGAAUAUGAGAUAGAGGAAGAAAUAGAACAAUAAUAAAUUCAGUUAAGGGAAAAAAAAAAAAGGACAGUUAAUCAUUGUGACUAGAAUCUGAUCUGUUUGCAAGAAUAAAGAGCUGAACCGUAUGGUAAGAAUCAGGUUUCAUGUUUGAAUCAGGUUUCAUGUUUGUUUUUACUCUAGACUUGUAAGCAUGGACUCAAAUUCUUUAUUUUUUUCCUUAAUUUGUUUCAGGCUGCUAUGGCCAGCAGUGUUUGGGAUGUGACUCAGAACAGCCUUCUCUAGUUAAAACUGAUAGCAUUUGUCACUUUCCUUAAAAAGUACAGCUCUUGUGGGAAGAAGAAAGGAGAAGGGAACACAGGAAAUCAGGAGAAGUUUGGGGUUCUACACGAUUCCUAGCUCCCCUUAUGGUCUGCUAUUAAUUUGAUUGAUUAAAAGGAAAUGUACUUUUAGUCAUUCCCACAUGUUCCACAGCUGGUCCUGUUUUCUGUUGCACGGGCUCUUUUUCCAUGCGAAUGCCCAUUGCACAAGACAGAAAAGUUUGUGGCACCACUUCUGUUACUGUGAAAGUUCUUUGUUGAGCACAUUGCCCCCCACGCCGCAUUCUCCCUCACCCAUCCCAGGGUGCAUGAGGCGCCAUGCCAGGGGUCGCGGUCCAUGUAUCAUAAAAAUAUAUAUUUCCCAGUGUGGUAAGUUAGAAGACUGAUGGUGGCUGGAACAGAAGGAAAAAGCAAUUUAAACAUAAUGCUUGUAUAGCAGGAGAAAUUGAUUGACAUAGUGUCAUGAAAGGUUAGACACGGUGCUCUGUCAAGUUAGAUAAAACCAAGUUUUGUGAAAGAAUGUGUGUACUGGAGCCAAAACAGCCCCGUGGGGACAGGCAUUGGCACCAAUAGGUCUUCAAUAAGUGGAAUAAUUGCUAACGGACCCAAAUGUCUUCUCAUUAGAGAAGUCUUGGAUGGAACUUGGGAAGAGCGCAGUUCAGUCACGCAGGCACAUAGUGCCUGGAUGCCUGAGAUGGAGCUUACAUAGCUUCACAAAGUAGUGCCAGUGUUGGCACACCCCCUCCGCUGCUCCUGAGCCCCAGGGACUAUCCUUACACACAAGCCUGCUUGCCCUGAGGUCCUUAUGGCUGGUGGGCAUUUACUUCAUGGUGGGCAAGGCUGUUUGCAGCUUGGUCAAGCACAAAGUUAUCUUCCAAGUCUCUGUCACCGACUGGUCCGCGCUGCCAGCCUCCAUGAGGCUGUCAGCUUGUUUGUCUGUGUUGGAUUUCCCAGAUGUAGUGGGAUGCUGGGUGAGAUACAUAUCUGUGGUAGCUGAUGUACAGAUGCCCUAUUCAGGAGAAGUGUUUUCUGAUGCUGCAGAGUUGAAUAACUAGACUUCAAGUGAUGAUUCACAUUCACCGUGUUGAGCUUCCCCACCUGAGUGUGUUUAGCUGGUGUUUUCCAGCAUUCUGGCUUUCCUCCCCACAGCUGGGCAAGCAACCUCUUGUCCCUGGGGAUGUGGCUAUCGAUGGUGUUAGGGUAUCCGGCUGCAUCGCAGCCACGCCAUCUGUACGGGCCCUGGUGACUGAUCUCCAGUCAAGAUGCAGAUGGGGAUUUCAGCUGGGCCUUGGACUCCUGCAGAGCAGAUGUUACGGGAGUACUGAAGGCCAGGCUAGAUGACAGUCAUGUUACCUGCAUCCCAUUACAUCUUCCCAUUGUGAGAGGCCCCAUCCCACUCUUUUGUUCAGUAGGUGCAGUGGGGUGGUGCCCCCUCUCCCUUUGACUGUUACACAUUAUUGCUUCAAGCAGCUGGACGUGGCUCACAGACUAGAAGAAAAAGACAGGGAGACCAUUUCCUUAAGGACCAGCAGCACCAUAUCUGUAAAGGAUUGAAUUGUGGAGGCCCCAUCUGAUUAUGGCAGUACUUUACUCCUACUUCCCUCCAGCUUUUAUUUCUUUUUCCUCUCCUGUGAUUCAAACAUCACCUUUCCCAUGAGCUUUUAUUCUCCUGUUCUCUCACCAUUCUUCAUCUCCUCAUCUUCCUCCCCUGCAGACCUGCUAGACAAGCCUAGGCAGGGGACUGAGGUCUCUCCAAAUUGUGCAUGAGACAUUUCAAGCAAGAGGUUUUUUUCAAUUUUUAAGCAGAAUUUCCCUUUUAUGAAGAUACUGCCAAUCUUUUUGCAGUCCUAUCUCAAAGAAACAUCUCUUCCAAAGAGGCUCUUCUGGUGCUGCAUUAUCCACACCUUGUGACUUCUCGUGCUGCCUUAAGCCUCUUACAUACCUAAGCACAGCCUGUGCAGGUCCCCGUGGCAAGGUGCCCGUCCCAGCAUGCAGAUGUAAUCUGCAACAGGAAAAGGAAGCAGCAGAAAUUCACAGUGCUGACAGGCCGGCUAGCUUCACCUGUACAAACACUGCUAUCUAUGGGUAUGUUUACAACUGAAAAAUCAGAAAGACCCACACAAGGUGCAAAAUAAAAGGCCUGAACACAAAACAUAACGGUUGAUGGAGGCACUAAAAAUGACAGCGAACAAGGUUCAAGAGCCUGCAGGGGUCUAUAAUGUAAGAACCAGAGGAAUUCUUCCCAGCAGAUCCUGCCUCUUGUGACUUUGGCAAACUGGGUUACAGUGGCUGCUGCCUCACUUGUCUCUUUGGUUGCUCCUCACUCCAUUGCACCGUUACCCUGUGAUGGGCAAAGCUUCUGCUACUUGGAACAGACUUUGGAUCAACCUCCAACCAGCUCCUACAGAUUUUGUUCCCCUUUCCCGUCUUCCUGAUUCAGGAAGUCCUGGUAGAAAUGCCGCAAGCAGCCAGGGUGACCCUGCAGAAACCGGGCUCGAUGUGAGACUCUGAAACUGCGCCUGCAACAGAUGGCAUGACCAGAGGGAGCAUGGAGUGGCAGGGUUGUGCACGCUCAGCUGUGAAUACCUGGCAAGAACAGAAUCCCUCAGGAGGAGCAGGUGCACCACCUAACAUUGCAAUCGCACGGGCAGGGACUGUGUGCAGCUGUUACAAACUCAUGCCUGCUUCUGUGCACAUCCCGUGUAACUACUGCUGGUUCACAAAGAGCUAAAGUGUACAUUUAUCAGUGCUCUGCAACUGCCUUUCUAUGUGGGAUAGUGAGGCAGUUGUGCAAAGUUUCCCCUGCUCAAGGCAGUGUCUACCACCUCUGCUUGCCUCCUACCUGCUGCUGUAUCAGUCACCUCAGCACAGCCUGUGAGCCUCCUCUCUUCUCCCUCCCACCACAUGGGUACCCUCUUCUAGACCUUCAGCUGCAUGCUGUUCCUAGGAAACACUCCUACCGACAAAAUCAACUACGACCUUUGCAGAUGUUUGCCAAAAUCCCCCCAGAUGCAUACUAGAGAGGCUAUUUCAUGACCAAAAAGAUGCGGGUUUUUGUUGUUUUUUUAAAGUAACUUCUAGACAGAGUCAUGUGUACACUGCGGAUUUUAAAGGACUGGCACGAAACAGAAGGCACAUCAAUCUCACUGUGCAGAUGGGUCAUCCGAGUCUGCCUCUUGAGUGGCAUAUUAUUUACAGUUUAAUAAAAGGUACCUCAGAAGAAAGGGAUGCAGCUGAAGCAGAAGCAGCAGAAAAUAAUGAAAACUGAAAGAAGUGUCAUCUGACUGUAAGAUAGCCAAGGCUAUGACAGAUACAGGUCUUACUUUGAUCCAAACAGAGGGGAAAAAUGGCUCCAGAUAUUGAGGGCUCCUCCUUCCUUAAUAAAUCUGUGCCACUUUUGAUAGCUGCUGUGAGCACAUAUUGCCGGGCAUAGCUGCAGAUCCUGGAAGCUGCAGAACGGCUUGCACACUGGCAGCUUAUUAACUGGAACAUCAUCCCAUAAAAUAGCUGGCGACCAAAGUCACCACAAACCGACAGCCUCCAACUUGCUCAGGAGGGUAUGCACUUCAGCUCCUCCUGUCUUUUCUAGGCAGACUUCUUUCCCCAGAGAACACCGUUAGCUUGAGGGAGACGGCAUUGCUACUUAUUUAUAUUUAUUACUGAUUUGUAUGGCCCUCACAUCCAAGAACCUGUCGGUGAACCUACAACAAUACCGCGCCACUCAGAGGAGAAAUACACCGUGUCUCAAGUGAGGGUUAGGCACUCAUGAAACUGCAAGGAUGUGUACAGCACAGACACCUGCUGUGAAGGGAAUCAGAUGAAAUUUCCUCCGUAUAAUUCACAACACCUAAGGCAGACCUUGCUCACUGUGAUCCAUAAGUCACAAGAGAGGAUGAUGAGGUGCUGAAGGCUGACUGGCUCUGGUCCUUGCAGUUUGCUAGGUCAUUACACCAACUAUUCCUUCCCAAAGGUUUGCUACAGAGCUGAACAAGUAACAUUUCUUCUCCAUGCUUGUAUAUUUUGGCUGCUAUUGCCCUACCAUUAAUCUGCCCAGACUGUGGCCUUAUCUGUGUGAUAUUUUUGGAUCAUUUGCAAAUUUUCAAACUCAAUAAAAGGGAAAACUGAAGGGUCACAGAGAUGGGACAGAGGCACUGUGCAGUGGAGGAGGGGACCACAGGGUUCCCCCAUUCCUCAGAGGCAAUCAUGUGUAGUAAAAUUUCUUGCAACUAAUAGCUCUGUAUAAUAAAUUGCAGUGGAAAGUCAGUCUUUGGAAGAGAACCUUAAAUAAUAUUAUUGCCAAAAACUUCACAACAAAGUCUUCCAACUUUCCAAAAUAUGAUGGAAAAUAGCCUCUUGGGUCAGCCAGUUCAACUGCAAAGCCCUUCCCGGGACUGCAACCAUAAACACAGCAAGGCAGAUUUGUUCCAGCAGAGGCUGCUGGGAUCAGAAGCAGCCAAGAAAGACACAGAAGCAAACAGCUCUCACUUUACACCCGGCGCUGUCCGCGGAGGGGAUGUGAACCACUACUGGGCACGGCUGCUAUGGCCCAGGUGCAGCUCAACGCCUGGCUGGUGCUGUGUGUGUUCGCUGGAUCCCAGAGGCUGACAGAUGAACAUCCUCGCAGCAGGGAUGGUGCCAGCACCAACACACCCCGUCGCGGCCCAGAGGACGCCGACGUCAUGUUAGAGAUGCUCUGGGGGAGGCUGGACAUUGAGGCCAAUGGGACCAUCCGGCUGCGGGACGAGGAGCUGGCCUCCCUGCGCCCAGCACGGCGGUUCAUGCAGAUCUUAGAGAGUGAAGUUCCCAAAACACCGAUGGAGAUCGAGCAGCUACUGAGAUAUUAUUCACUGAUCGAUACCCCUUUGCCUCCAGGAGAGUAUGACCGUCUGAUUUUCACCAGUGUUUACUGUGCCUAUCAGAUUCGCUCCAUUCAGGGUCUGGAUAAAAAUCUCUGGAUCCAUUUCUUCUCCCAGCUAGUUGAUGAAAUCUUUCGUGAUCUGUGCAAGGGGCUCUGCCCUGCAAAUUCCACUCUCCUUAUGGCUUCCUGGCCCUGGAAGGAGAAACCUUCACAUUUAGCAUCGCUGAAACAGUUCUAUCAUUCUAACCUGGCCAGGACCAAGAGAGACACUUAAAAAGGGAAAGUGCCACGGGAAAGGACACAUCUGACUUCAGCUGCGUCCUUGUUUGUUUUGAACGCUGGCAAUCUUUCCUCAGUAUUCAGGACUUUGUAGAAAUAUGCCACACCUUUUUGUACUGCUUUCUGCAUUGUGCUGGCAACCCUCUAAGGAUUUAUACACAGGUUUUUAAUUUUUUAUAUGAACCAGGACAAAACCAAAAAGUGCAUCUCACCCUUUUCUCUCUCUCUCUCUCUUUUUUUAAGUGAGCUGAGCUGAAGUGGGCAGUGCUAUUUAGAUGUGUUAUCUGUCUUGAUCACUGAUGCUUUCUAGGGAGAUGUCCUGGCAGCUUUUUUCCAGGAUGUUUCACUGGUGUCCUAGUUGAAUUUGUCUUGAAUAAUUCAGUUCAGCCUCAUAUUCCUUCUGUGGUUUCAGCCAAAUGCAGUCGUUUCUCCUCUCCAGUAAUCAGCGAAGCAGAUGCUGCCGUGUUUCACAAUAGAGGUGGUGUGUUUAAUUUCAGCUUUCUGGUUAUGCAGCAUCACAUUUGAUGUGUCCACAGUAAUUUCCCACCUCACGUGUUCAUUAAAGAUCAACCUGAAAAUGUCUGUAUUCCAGGAAGCUUCCUAGUGCUCACAUAUCAUAUUUACGUAUGUAUACAGCUUUGUGUCAGCUAUUCGUUUGGAAUACACUUCUGUACGUCUCAUUUAAAUUCCUAAGGAUCGCGACCUAGUUAUUUCUUCAGCAGAUUUUACCUCUUCUGAAGGUUUUUUUUUUUUUAUACAACUAUGGCACUUUAAAGACAAACAUAACAAAUACACAAUCUCUAUUCUUAAAAUCAGAAAUGUAAUUAUUUUAUAGAAGUAGAUCUUUAACCUUUUUUUUCUGUCUGACAUGCUGCUGUCUGGACUUAAAUAAAUAUAAUUAUCUGUACAGGAGGA